CAGCUGAACCCCUGCCACGUGCCCUGCUGCCUGCCCCAGCUCAGCUCACCUGGCACUGCAUGACGCCGCGGCAGUCGGGGCAGGCAUCGCUGAGCUCAGCUCCGUUUCCCUGACGCUGGCACCUGGACAAGCUGGGUCAAUUGACAGUUGCGGCUCCACGCGAUCAACGACACCACCAAGUGCAUCACCAUCUCAACGACCCACGACGUGAAACGAGACAUACGAAACAGGCGAAACGAAACGAAGGGACGAAAAGAAGACGAAGAUCCGGGGUAAAUUGGCUGUUGCGCAUCAAACUCCCACAGGCCACAAUAUCGACAGCAGUCAGUAUCUACCAGGCAGCUCUUGUCGCAUACCUAGGCCUGGCGCCAGAUAGACGAGAUACACGCGGGACGGGAUACACGACCACCAUACGCGCAAUCAAAUUAUACCCAUACCCAUACCCAUAUCCAUACCCCCCUUACAAAGAGAUAAUCAAGGCCAAGCCAAGAUGUUGUCCGAACGAGACUACCAGAUUUCGCCGAUUGUGCAGGAGAGUGUGAUGCAUAACUCCAAGUCCCUCCAAAACCUCCAAUCCCUCUCCGCCUCCCUCUUCGGCAUCAGCGCCGGCAUCCUAGGUCUCGAAUCCUACUCAGGCUUCCUCUUCUACAUCUUCUUCUCCCUGCUCACCUCCUUCCUGGUAUACCUCGUCCGCGUCGCUCCUCUCUCCUCGUCAUCCCCGAAAGAAUACAAAGACAACAAAGGAACGGGGAACGGCUUGGGGAGCGGGGUGGGAGGAGUGACCAAGUACUUUAGGGGUGGGUUUGAGUUUUGGGCGGGCGGGAUCAUGAAUGGGUUUGCGGGGUUUGUGUUGACUUGGACGUUGUUUUAUGGGUUGGUUAGGGCUUAGUGUGGGUGGUUUGGGGAAUGUGAAUAAAGAAGGGAAGGGAAGGGAAGGGGUAACGGGACUGGAUCUGGGAGGGGGAGGGGGUGGGAAGUGGGAAAUGUAGUGUAGUAGAGGGGGUGUGGAUUGGACUCGGAGGAGGUCAAAGGGAAAAGAGAGGAAGACAGCGAGAGAUAAACCAGUUGAAUGUUGGGUAUAUUGUCUCUGCUCCUUCUGUGUGGCUGCGCGCAUAAGCUUCGAGAGUAAUGGGUAGAGCAAGACAUGCUGGCUGUGUGUCAUGUGUUGGUUAGACGACAGAAAAGUGUCUAUUCGACGACGAGACCACCUAG